GGCGUGCAGCCAAGAUGGGCAACGCGGGGAGCAUGGAUUCGCAGCAGACCGAUUUCAGGGCGCACAGCGUGCCUUUGAAGCUGCCGAUGCCCGAGCCAGGUGAACUGGAGGAGCGAUUUGCCAUCGUGCUGAACGCCAUGAACCUACCCCCUGACAAAGCCAGGUUACUGCGGCAGUAUGACAACGAGAAAAAGUGGGAGCUGAUUUGUGAUCAGGAACGAUUCCAGGUGAAGAAUCCUCCCCAUACAUACAUUCAAAAGCUCAAAGGCUAUCUGGAUCCAGCUGUAACCAGGAAGAAAUUCAGACGGCGUGUUCAAGAAUCCACACAAGUGCUAAGAGAAUUGGAAAUUUCUUUGAGAACCAACCAUAUUGGAUGGGUCAGAGAGUUUCUGAAUGAAGAAAACAAAGGUCUUGAUGUUCUAGUGGAAUAUCUGUCGUUUGCUCAGUACGCGGUCACUUUUGACUUUGAGAGUGUGGAAAGCACUGUGGAGAGCUCAGUGGACAAGUCUAAGCCCUGGAGUAGGUCCAUUGAGGACCUGCACAGAGGGAGCAACCUGCCCUCCCCCGUGGGCAACAGUGUGUCCCGCUCGGGAAGACAUUCUGCACUGCGAUAUAAUACUUUGCCAAGCAGAAGAACCCUGAAAAAUUCAAGAUUAGUGAGUAAGAAAGAUGACGUACAUGUCUGUAUCAUGUGUUUACGUGCCAUCAUGAAUUAUCAGUAUGGCUUCAACAUGGUCAUGUCUCAUCCACAUGCUGUCAAUGAGAUUGCAUUAAGCUUGAACAACAAGAAUCCCAGAACAAAAGCUCUUGUCUUAGAACUGUUGGCAGCAGUUUGUCUUGUCAGAGGCGGGCAUGAAAUUAUUUUAUCAGCAUUUGACAACUUUAAGGAGGUUUGCGUCGAAAAACAGCGCUUUGAGAAGUUGAUGGAACAUUUCAGGAAUGAAGACAAUAACAUAGAUUUUAUGGUGGCCUCUAUGCAGUUUAUUAAUAUUGUAGUCCAUUCAGUAGAAGACAUGAAUUUCAGAGUUCACCUCCAAUAUGAAUUUACCAAGUUAGGCCUGGAUGAAUACCUGGACAAGCUGAAACACACUGAGAGUGACAAGCUGCAGGUCCAGAUUCAGGCUUACCUGGACAAUGUGUUUGAUGUGGGAGCUCUGCUGGAAGAUGCUGAAACCAAGAAUGCAGCCUUGGAGAGGGUGGAGGAACUGGAAGAAAACAUCUCGCAUUUGUCUGAAAAACUGCAAGACACAGAAAAUGAAGCCAUGUCCAAGAUUGUGGAACUGGAAAAGCAGCUCAUGCAGAGGAACAAGGAGCUGGAUGUUGUUCGAGAAAUCUACAAAGAUGCAAAUACCCAGGUUCACACCUUAAGGAAGAUGGUCAAAGAAAAAGAAGAAGCCAUUCAAAGACAGUCUACCCUGGAAAAAAAGAUUCAGGAACUGGAGAAACAAGGGACCAUUAAAAUUCAGAAGAAAGGGGAUGGAGACAUCGCUAUACUGCCAGUUGUGGCUUCUGGUACACUGUCCACGGGGUUAGACGUGGCAGUGGGUAACUUUGUGGGACCAAUAGCGGGGGCCGCCUCCACAGGACUCUUGCCCCCACCUGCCCCACCACGACCUCCGUUGUCAGAUGCCCCUGAAGCAGAUACUUUAGGUGCACAUGACAGAUUGCAGGAAAAACCGUUCCUCUAUUUUCAAAGUGAAUUUGUUUCUUUUCUUCCCCCACCUCUUCCGGGUCCUGCAGCUGAGACUGCGCCAGCUCCUCCUCUACCGCCUCCCCCUCCUCCCUCUGCACCCCCGCUGCCCGGGACGUCUUCGCCCACAGUGGUUUUCAACUCAGGAUUAGCAGCUGUGAAAAUUAAGAAGCCAAUCAAGACGAAAUUCAGAAUGCCAGUUUUUAACUGGGUUGCCCUGAAGCCAAAUCAGAUCAAUGGCACAGUCUUCAACGAAAUUGAUGACGAGCGGAUUCUGGAGGAUUUAAAUGUGGAUGAAUUCGAGGAAAUAUUUAAGACAAAAGCCCAAGGUCCUGCCAUUGAUCUUUCUUCAAGCAAACAGAAAAUAACACAGAAGGGAUCAAACAAAGUGACGUUACUGGAAGCAAAUAGGGCCAAAAAUCUUGCCAUAACUUUAAGGAAAGCUGGGAAGACCGCCGAUGAGAUAUGUAAAGCUAUUCAUGUAUUUGACUUGAAGACAUUGCCUGUAGAUUUUGUAGAAUGUUUGAUGAGGUUCUUGCCAACUGAGAAUGAAGUGAAAGUGCUUCGGCUCUAUGAGCGGGAAAGGAAGCCUCUGGAGAACUUGUCUGAUGAAGACCGGUUCAUGAUGCAGUUCAGUAAAAUUGAGAGGCUCAUGCAGAAGAUGACCAUCAUGGCCUUCAUUGGGAACUUUGCUGAAAGCAUUCAGAUGCUGACUCCUCAACUGCACUCAAUUAUAGCAGCAUCUGUCUCUAUAAAAUCAUCGCAAAAACUCAAGAAAAUUCUGGAGAUCAUCUUGGCCCUUGGAAACUAUAUGAAUAGCAGUAAACGUGGAGCAGUUUAUGGAUUUAAACUUCAGAGUUUAGAUCUGCUCUUAGACACAAAGUCAACAGACCGAAAGCAGACACUGUUGCACUAUAUAUCAAAUGUCGUAAAGGAAAAAUAUCACCAAGUGUCCCUGUUUUAUAAUGAGCUUCAUUAUGUGGAGAAGGCUGCUGCAGUCUCCCUUGAGAAUGUUUUACUGGACGUCAAGGAGCUCCAGAGGGGCAUGGAUUUGACCAAGAGGGAGUAUACGAUGCAUGACCACAACAUGCUGCUGAAGGAGUUCAUCCUCAGCAAUGAGGGGAGGCUGAGGAAGCUGCAGGAUGACGCCAAGAUCGCACAGGACGCCUUUGAUGAUGUAGUGAAAUAUUUUGGAGAAAACCCCAAGACGACACCACCCUCUGUCUUCUUUCCCGUCUUUGUCCGGUUUGUGAAAGCUUAUAAGCAAGCAGAAGAGGAAAACGAGCUGAGGAAGAAGCAGGAACAAGCGCUCAUGGAAAAACUCCUGGAGCAGGAAGCUCUGAUGGAGCAGCAGGAUCCAAAGUCUCCUUCCCACAAAUCAAAGAGGCAGCAGCAAGAGUUAAUUGCGGAAUUAAGAAGGCGACAAGUUAAAGAUAACAGACAUGUAUAUGAAGGAAAAGAUGGUGCCAUUGAAGAUAUUAUCACAGAUCUUAGAAACCAACCAUACAGACGAGCCGAUGCGGUGAGGAGAAGUGUCAGGCGGCGCUUUGAUGAUCAGAACUUGCGUUCUGUUAAUGGUGCCGAAAUAACCAUGUGAACCUGAGACCUGCCUGUAUCAGUAGAGGGUGUGCGUGAAUGAAACUGUCCACAUGAACUUAAUGUGCUACCAUUUAACUGCAGCCUUGAACAUAGAUAAAAUAUUCUAAGGGCUCAGAUUUAGCAAACACAUAGGAAUUUAAAAAUGAUGGGCUUUCCUUUCAGCCUUUGUUAACAAGUGCCUAAAAGUGGAAGUAUCUGCUCAGAUUAAUCAAAGCAAUAGGAUUUGAUUUGAUUAGGUAUCUUUUUACACCAGUAUGUUAUUCAAUUUUUUAACCAAAAUGUAAAUUUCAUAUUAAAUUCAUUACCUGCCAUUGUGAUUGUCCCAUGAUGGCCCACCCUGGUUUCCUGAUAAAUUGUAAAUAACAUGGAUGCAUCUGCUGUGGGCGUCCUUUGCUGAGAUGUCUUUUAAGCAAUUAAUUUUGUUUCAGCCAUACCCAUCAACUUUGUAUUUUUAAGGGCUUGCAACAUGGAAGAAGGGAAAAAGUCACAUGAUAAACUCCUUCUGCCCAUAACUAAGCCCUGGCAAAGUACAAACAGGAUGCAAUUGCAGUGGCACAGCAGAAGUCAACUCUUUGUCUCGUUUCACAUUCUACCACUUCUGUGCUAGGGUACAAUGCCCUGAGAGACAUUCACCAGUUUGAAUGCAAGGAUAUGAGGGCAUACACGUGUUGUUGUAAGACUUAUUUGCAGUACUGUGUUCUUCGGCUAGAGGCAGCUUUUAAAAGAUAAUGCAAAUGUAUUUAUUAAUUAGCACUAAAAUUAACAUCUCAGUAAUCAGUAUUAGGAUUUCUGAGGACCAUUAUGGGUCAAUCCUGAGAAUAUAAAUCGGUGCCUUGCUAGCCAGGGAGAAGUUCACUAGCUCUAUCAAGAAGCAUUCAAGAUUACUUCUGCUAGCAUAGUGUUAGUAACCUGGCCUUAUUCUCCUCUGACAAUCGCAGGGUUUGUUUUGUUUUGCUCCUUCCUUUUGUAAAUUGAGGAAGAUAUAUUUGGCAUCAUAUAUCAAAGCUAAGAAGUUCUUCUAUUUCUUCAGAUUACUUUAUGGGGAAUUGCAAUUAAAUUGCUGAAAUAUUCACAUUGGGAUUAAGUUUAAAUGAUAUGUAAUGGGACUAAACAGCCAGUUAAGCCACCGUUGUUUUUCCUUCCUCUCUGGCAGGGCACUUGAUCCAUUCCAAAGUCAAAAACUGGACGGAAGCUAAUUUGUACUUUUCAUAAUAUACAUUCUGCUUCUGGCUUACCUUCUUGGUACAUUACAUCAAUAUAUUAAUUGUAAAGUUUACUGUAUAGUAUUUAACCACUGAAUUUAUUUUAUGUUGUGCUUAUGUGAACUCCAUGGUGAAGGUCCCAUUUUCCUUGGAUAAUGUGUAGUUAUAUGAUCUCUUUUUAAAUGUACAGAUAUUUUGCUAUAAAAUUGGUGCAGUUUUUUAUGGUUUUUACACUUCUCUUUAAUUCCCACCUAAGCCUCUGGGUAAUACUGUAAAUAUUGUUUAAAAAUGCAUCAGCCUAUGCUAUACAAUCUGAAUGUUAUUUUAACUUAUAGUUUUUUUUUAAUAUAUAUAUUUAACUACAAGGACAGUUUAGGGAUCAGUUACCACAUUUCACUUUAGCAUACCUAUUUACAGAAAGAUUACUUUUAAACUGCUACCUGCUAGCACAUUUUCAUAAAUGUGUACUUGAAAAAGAACAUGCCAAGAUUUUCUUUCUGUUGACUCAACAUUCAUUUUUGGCGAAAAAAGCAAUUUGACCAUGAGAUAUAAAACAAGCAGCUGUUGUGCUGAGGAGCAUAUGUUAAAAUAAUUGCCUAUUUAUUAAUUUACAAAUAGACAGUAAUGUUGGCAUGUUCUUUUCUGUAUGUCUAUUAAUGGGCCUGCUUCUUAGCAAUGUUAGAAAUGUUUUAUAAAAGCAGUUCAUGUUACUUUUCUGGUCUUUUCAUGGCAUAUGAGCAAAUAAACUAUUUACACUACUA